UUGAUUAGUUCCUGUGAUAGAGGUAGCUGGGAAUCUGGGUGUGGUCAGCACUGACUGCCUCGGUCGCUGUGAAGGAGGAAAUUUCCCAGGGUCGUUUCGGAACCGCUGGAGCUGUAGACCAGAGAAAGUGCGAGGAUCCAGGGCCAGACACCAUCAACAAGACCUCUGUGGGUGGGGGCAAUUACUCCUUGCACAGCGUCGAUAAAUCCUAAAGCAAAAACCAUGGAGGAACCAGUGAAGCUGGUAUCAGCAGGAGAUUGUAUCCAGAUCUGGGACUUACUUUCAUUCUCCCCAGAGGCACACUUUAACCCUCAUGACCCUGAGCAGGAAGUGUCUUCUCUUUGUUGGAGCUUCAAUAAUCAGUUUCUAGUGAGUGCUGCCAGUGGAGGUGAUAGGAUUUCUGUGUCCAUAUGUAAAACCAAGCCGGUAUACCUUUGGAGUAUUGCAGAACAGAGAGGGCAGACUUGUGUCUCACUGAAUUCCGCAAUGAAUUUCAUUCUGAGUGGAGGAACAGAUUCUGCUGUCAACAUAUGGGACUUGAAAACCAAAAAGUUGUACAAAUCCUACAAGGGUCACAAGACUGCAGUGACUUGUCUCACCACUGAUUGGGAUGACCAGUGCAUUCUCUCAGGGUCACUGAGUGGUGACAUUAUUCUGCACAGCAUGCUGACUGAUGAAGCUCCCCCCAGGUUUUGCUCUCAUAGUCAACAGCCCCUUCGUGACCUGAAGUUCUCUUGCUUCCAGCAGUCAAUGUUGGGGAGUGUUGGUGAUGAUGGCAGUUUUAGAACAUGGGACAUCAACAGCCUACAGUUGCAGCAUAGCUUUGAUCAUGUCCACAAAGCCCCUGCAACAGCCCUUUGUUUCUCACCAGUGAUUGAGCCAUUGGUCAUCACAGUUGGCCUGGAUAAACAAAUCUCUGCAGUUGAUGUUCGGAGCAAAUCUGUAUUGUACUGUAUUCGAGCAGAUUGUCCACUAACUGCACUUGAGCUCUUACCAGAUGGGACUGCUCUGUUGAUUGGAACCUCCCGGGGAAAGGUCAGCCUAUAUGACCUCAGAAACAUGGAAUUUCCAGUGAAAUCUUCCAAGGCUCACAAGGGUGCUGUACGAUGUAUUAAACUUCAGGCUGUGAGAGGCAAGUUUCAGGCUGCUUGGCCUACUGUUUUAAAUGAAGUAAAGGUGGGAGACUCCAGUGCAACAGCAAAUGAUACCACUAACAACAUUGUCAGUACCUUGCCCAGCGAUCCCCCUUCUUCGCAAGUCAACACGAUCACUUUAACCAAACCCUCUCCACAAUUUAGAAAGGUAAUAUUUCUUGCAAGAAACAGCUUUGGAGAAGUCUUCUCACCUAUCAGGUCAGACAUGAACCAUACGGACAUUUCAACCACUGAAUUCAGCUCACCUUCUCUCAACUGUGCCUCAAAUUGCUCUCCUCAGAGUAAAAAUGGAUUCCAUGUUGAGAAGCUAGCUAACCUUGCAAAGUUAGCUGUGAAACAGUUCAGUGAAGAUGCCGGUUCAACAGCAGAAAGAUUUGAACAUGUGCAGAGCCUACACAAUUGUGAUUCAAAACGUGAAAUGAUUGAACAAAAGCCUAAUCAUAUGACCUUGGCCAAUACUUUGAAUACUCCUCCUGGCCAGGCAGGUGAAGAAGGAACAGAAGAAUGGGCAGUUUCCUUGCCAAAGACCCAACUAGUACAAAACUUACUGAAAGAUGCGUUGGAAGAAUUCAGUGAGGAGCACCAUAAGGAGGUGGUUGGACUGCAGCUGGCCAUGAUUCAUGCAUUUCACAUUCAGCAGCUUGCAAUUCGUGAAGCCCUAUUUAAGCACUUAAAAGUGAAUGAAGAAUUGCUGGAGGAAUAUGUGACCUUAAAGGAAGAAAAUGAGUGGCUGAAGGCAUUCCACUGAUGUACAUGUGUAAAUGUGAGGCAAUGCAUACUGUACCCUUAACCAUAGUGACCAAGAAUCCUGUUUAUAUUCAAGUUUGGCUCAAGCUCGAUCAAAUAUAAUACUGUUUUUCUGUUGAGUUGUGAUCUGAGUCACUGGUUUCUAUACAUGAUUAGGAAUGACUGCUCAUAUUGGUUUAGAAAGAUAAAUUUUAUAUUUCUGUUAUGGUAGCAAGAGCGUCUCCUUCCCUAAAAUUGGAAAAAUGACUCCCCCUACUAAAGUUAGCAUAAUUUUCAUUGAAAUGUCUGGUUGCUGUUUGUAUGCUGGAUGUCUGUGUCUACACAGUGAUUGCAAACAGAUACUUCAUAAUGGCUGUGUGCAGUGAAUGAGUUUGGUGGUGAUUUAUUUUUCAUUUUGACUGUUCCAUUUUUUGAUAUUUUGAAAAAAUUACAUACAUCAGAACUGUAUUGAUCAGUGUGUGAUAAAGUAACUGUUCUGCAGAAUGUCUCUUUCCCAUGUAAUGGCGUACAGGGAUACAGUAUUGUGUAGGACUGUGAAGAAUAGCUCUAUUUUGAACAUGUGGAAUUUUCUGUAAACAAGUGCCAACAUGUAACAAUGAAUCUUUCACUGUAUCCCACCAAUUGAAAAACUGUUUGAGUUUUUGAAAGUGGAUGUAAUGCUGUUUUUAUUGAUGGCUUGUAAACAGCCAUGGGAAGCAAAAUUGAUUAUUUUGUAUAUUGCCUCCAAGUCUUUUAUGUUGCAGAAAGAUGUCGAGAGAAGUUGGCAGCACUUGACAAAUUAUUACUUGAACGGAUACAUCUCUUGCAAGUGUUAGCUUUUGUUCAAACUAUAUAUAGUUUGAGUUAAGUGUCAAUUCAGGCUGCUUUUGUGUAACACUGUUGGUGAUGCAGUUACAUCUGGUCUUUUUUUAAUGUCUACAUGCAGUGGAAUGAGGAAAUUCAGCAUUUUCUGGGGAUCUCUUGGUAGAUCUUAUCAGAUACCUGGUUGCUGGAUUCAUUGUAUUGAGGUAAUCUGUUGUUUUAACAACAAUGUAAUAAUUUAUAUUCCCCCAUAUGAACAACUCAGCUGGAUUACUCACUUAAUUGACCAGAAUGGAGUGUAUUAAUUUCACCAUUAUUUAACCAAGAACAUUUUCUGAAGAAUCUAAAUAGUUUGAGGUUUAUCUUGAUUUCUGUUUUCUCUUGGAUAUUAACUUACAUCCUCCUUUGCUUCAAUACAUGCUUCCUGUCUCCUUCAAUAUUCUGUAAUUGAAGAUAAAUAAUGAAACAAGCAAUUGAUGUGGUAUUUUUAAAUAGCCCCUGUUCUAA